AUGCCCUCUUUCCUCUCGUCCUCCCUCGCCCCCGCCGCGGCGCGCACUCAGCCGUUCGUCCUGCUGCAGAGCUCGACAGCGCAGUCUUGUGUCGAUGUGCUACGUUUCGCUGUACGCGAAGCGACGAGCAAGGCCGAUGGGUGUACCCUGCUGUUCUCUCUGCUUUACCCGCCCUCUGCUCUCGUCGAGCAGAACCAGUUGAGCCAUGAACGCCUGCAAAUCUUUGACUGGACCUCGCAAGUCCCAGGCUACUCCGAAAAAGAUUUUGAUGUCAAGUCGCAGAUGCUUGGAACCGUGCAGGAUGCACCACAAGGUCCAAUGACUAUCGUAGUCGAUUCUGGCGAUAUACUUCUCUCUGAUAUUGGAUCCCUGUCGAAGACAGAGCAGCUCCUCGCUUCCUUACUCUCCGUGGUGAAGUCUCGCAAAGGCUCUCGCUUAGUGAUACACCUCAACACACCCUCCCCUCUAACAUCAAUACUCACGCAAACUCGUUUCUGCUCGAGUUUCACACACAUCAUCGCCCACCCAACCGCCCUCAUCUCGCAUCUCGCAACCGCGUACCUCACCCCGCCCCCGCCACUAUCGCCCCCGGAAAAGUUUUGGCGCGUAUUCAACCCUAUCGCAGAGCGACAUUACGAGAGCGAGAAGCUUGUCUUCGGUUCGGACGGCGAGGGCAGCGGCGGCAGUGAGUUCGUGACGGAGUUGCUCACCCGCGGCGCCGAUGGGAGCGGACGUCGGAGGGGCGUCGAGAGGGCACUGGAGGGUUGGUCUGCAGGUGCACCGUGCGAGUUGAGCGCUUUGGGCGCACUCAAGGCGUUGUUCGUGAGACGGAUCGCUGAGGAGCAAGCGGCACCGGAUCCUACGCAGAACCUCUCCUUCAAUCUCAACCUCACGGACGAGCAGCAGAGAUCUCGUGCGCAAGUCCCGUUGCCAUACGCUCAUGAAGGGAAGCCGACCGAACAAACAACCGUGCCGCUACCCGCUGCGAUCCUUUAUGAUCCAGAUUCAGCAGACGAUCUGGACGAUGACGACCCAGACGAGGAUUUGGACAUAUAA